CACCCACCACUGCCUCCUUGUUCUCUUUGUGCAACCUUUCUGUGUAAUGGCAUCGUUUGAUAUCCCGGAGAAGACUGUGCCCAGUGAUUCUGCCGCUGUGGCCCCCGAGGCGAGCGCGACGAAUGGUCUGGCUGCUGCGCCUGAGGAGUCACAGAGCGAGGCUGCAGUUGCGCCAGCUCAAGUGCGAGAGAAGCACACGCGGGUACAAGUGAUUCAGCAUCCCGCAGACGCGGAAGGCUCCAGCGGCGAAGAGGACGACAAGGGGCCCGAUGAGCCUGAGAUAGAAGACUCUCAGAUACUGGAGGCUUUGCCAGAUGAGACGGAGGAUAUCGAGCUCAUACACUCGCGUCUGAGCUCAAACACUAUCAGCAAGCUGGGUCUGCAGCGAUUCGGUGGUCACUUGAAGCGGCUAUGCCUCCGCCAGAACUUCAUAACACACGUCGAUCAAGAAGUGUUUGGUGCGCUCACGAAACUCGAGGAUCUGGACUUCUACGACAACAAGAUCAAGCAUGUCGGACCUGCACUGAACAACAUGACGGGCCUAGUAACGCUUGACCUAUCCUUCAAUAUGCUCAAGCACAUUCCGGAGGAAUUCGAGUCACAUCUGAAGGCCUUGAAGACAAUCUUCUUCGUCCAGAACAAGAUAUCCCGUAUUUCGAACUUGUCAGGCCUGAGCGCCACCCUGCGGAGCCUGGAGCUAGGUGGAAACCGAAUCCGGAAAAUCGAGGGACUCGAUGCGCUUGCGAACCUCGAGGAAUUGUGGUUGGGAAAGAACAAAAUCACGCAGCUGGAGGGACUCGAGGAGCUGAAGAAGCUGAAGAUUCUGUCUAUCCAAUCUAACCGCAUAACGAAACUUGAGGGCUUGGAUGGCCUAGAGAACCUGGAAGAGCUGUACAUCAGUCACAACGGCAUCCUCAAGCUGGAAGGGCUCGACAAGAACCCCAAACUGCGCACGCUGGAUGCCGGCAACAACUUCAUUGAGACGCUGGAGAAUAUCUCACACUUGACGACCCUCGAAGAGCUAUGGAUCAACGACAACAGGAUCGACAACUUGAAGGAUGUCGAGCCGCAACUCAAGCACAUCACUACCUUGGAAACGAUCUACCUUGAAGGUAACCCUGUACAGUCUGCGGAGGGCGCCCACUACCGGAGGAAGGUCAUUCUGGCACUGCCGCAGAUUACGCAGCUAGACGCGACGUAUGUGAAGCGGCCGUAGAUUGCGCUGUGCCCAACUGCAUAUGCAGCGAGCGGCGAGCGAGUGCUCGCUCACGCCCGCCUCAUCAUCCCGCCCUGUUCCUUGUACCACAUACCCCCACAACCCCAUGUACCAUCAGAUCUCGCGGCCGCGCCGAUCGAAUGCCCACACCGAUCGCGCGCCAGCCAAUCUUGGGGCAUGAUGCCCGCAGCGCGGAACGAUCGCGCGGGCCCACGAAUCAUGAUGCACGAUCGCCGGUCGGCCCUCGGGGAGCAGCGCAGAGAUUCGAUGCGCCCCGAGGCGAGGGCCGGGGGCGCAACUGCUUAAUGCUGCGCCGGCGCGCGCAGGGGGGAUGCUGGAGUGCGCGAUAUGCCUUUUGGCGAGGGUGGGGACUGGGCACCCGGCCAGGGCGGCAGGCGUGGUCGCUCGGAUCUUUCCCUUAGUGCGGCCUUGCGCGACGGGAGGUGGGUGGAUGACGCAGAGUGGGAGCGUCAGCAUAUCGUUCGGCUGAACGCAGCUUUGUUCAGCGUUCUUGGCGUGGGCUCUUUCCGUGUUGUACGGGGAAAGCGAGGCUUCGACGAGGAGGAGGGGUCGAGAGCCGCCUGAGUAAAGUGGUACAAUGUGAAGCCGAAUUUGAAUGCAGAAGCGGCAUAAGA